AUGACUAAAAAUAAAACCGGAGCUGUGUGGGAAGAUAGAGAGGUCCUAUUCGAUCUACCAUUUGCAUACCUAAAACUUCGUCCUGGGGAGAAGAUAUUUGAUAGGAUCGAACCCAUUGAAGAUACAAAAGGCAACAGCGGUACCAAGGGACGCAUGGUCGUAACCAACUUGAGGAUUAUAUGGCAUUCGCUGGCUUCACCUAGGAUCAAUUUAUGUUGGUCGGCACGAACAAACAGAUUACCUGAUGGUAAGCAAUCAGCGUCGCCCACGGAUACCCGCAACGACGGAGGAGUUACGACUAUUGGCCUGAACUGCAUCCUAACAACGAACACGAAAGUCGUGAACUCAGGUCUCCGUGGUACAACCCAGGCUCUCAACGUGCUGGCAGCGUACAGAGCUAAUAAAUAUGAAUUCAUCUUCACUAAUUUGUCUCCAAACUGUGUCCGACAUUACACUUCAGUGGCUGGAGUACAUAAGGCGUAUACAGCCUCCAGAAUGUAUCGGGACCUCAAGCUAAGAUCUGCUAUAAUACACAACAAACAGUUAAGGAUGUUACCGCUAGAAAAAAUAGCUCUACUGGAGCAUAGUAUUUGGAACCUAUCGAGUGAUUCUGGGAACCUGGGUACCCUGAUAGUGACUAACGUCAGGGUGGUGUGGUUUGCAGAUAUCAAUGAUGCAUUCAAUAUAUCUAUGCCAUAUAUAACAAUUGAAACCAUAAACAUUAAAGAUUCAAAGUUUGGUGAAGCACUUGUUUUUCAAGUUCGUAAAACAUCAGGAGGUUAUGUACUGGGGUUUAGAGCAGAUCCUCGUGAAAGACUACGUCCUCUUCUCACAGAACUUCAAGCUCUACAUCAAGCAUACACAGAGAAACCUAUUUUUGGCAUUGAACUCAAUUGGAACAAUGAGAAUACAAGGCAUUCAGACGAUGAUAUAGAAGAGUUGGAAGAAAUCGGAGAGCCUCGUGGUGAAAUGGGACCUAAUUUGUACUUAGCCUCACAACUUGCCCAAAAUAAAGAGGAAUCUGAAAGCCCACCGGUUUAUAGUCCAUAUUUAGGACUAGCAAUAGAACCGCUAAGGGAAGGAUUUACUUUAAAAAGUCUUUUUGAAGUACAAACAACGUCUUAA